ACAGUAGUUGUCUCUCUGUUCUCGCCACAGUUCCAUCUGUGUGGCUCUGCCGAUACUGUCCCUGUACGCCAGGGCUUGCCUUCCUCCAGCUCCUUCCUAUCGAGCCUGGGAAGAAAAAACACAGAGGACAGCAAUAUUCUGUGCUGCCAGUGGCACCUUUUGCUGCCUCUAUGUUUAGCAGCGGUCUUGCUUUAAUUUUUCCUUGCAUAUGUCCAACAAUUUGAGAGAGAAUAUUUAUCAAGUGGAAAUUCAUUAUUACUUUUGGGUGGUUUGGUAAAGCCCCCAAACUCCCCAACAGGCACUGAACUUAAAGCGCAAGGCAAACGGAACAGGCUGGGAGGGAAAAGGGGAGGAGGAAGCUUAAUUUCUUCAUGCAGAAACUGGAUGGAACAAUCCUGAGAAGGAAGGAACAGCCACACUCUUUCCGUGACAUUCUGGAGAAGGUCAUGUUCCAUUUCAGCCUGAGAUGCACAACUGACUCACUCUCCUGGUGUUUCUGAAGAAAAGAAAUCAGUGAUCUGUUCUAACUGUUUCUGUUCUUAGGGAAGGACACAUUUUGUGUGGUGCUCUUUUAGCCACUUACCUGCUUUGAGUUUCUACAGUGACCAGCAGCGAAGGGAAAAUAUUAGAUCAUGUCGGAGUUCUGGCUAAUUUCUGCCCCAGGAGACAAAACAAAUCUGCAGGCAUGGGAGAGAAUGAACACUGUGACAUCUAAAUCCAACCUGUCCAGCAACAGUAAAUUCCAUAUUCCAGACUUAAAGGUGGGGACACUGGAUGCUCUUGUUGGUCUGUCAGAUGAGUUGGGAAAACUUGAUACCUUUGCUGAAAGUGUAAUAAAGAAAAUAGCCCAGUACAUAGGAGAAGUUAUGGAGGACUCAAAAGACAAAGUCCAGGAAAAUCUUCUGGCCAAUGGAGUUGACCUCAUUAGCUACCUGACACGGUUUGAGUGGGACAUGGCCAAAUAUCCUAUAAAGCAGCCGCUGAAGAAUAUAUCAGAAGCAUUAUCAAAGCAAGUGACUCAAAUAGAAGCAGACCUGAAGACCCGAUCAGCUGCGUACAACAACAUUAAAGGAAAUUUGCAAAGCCUGGAGAAGAAAACGAUGGGAAAUCUGCUGACCCGGACCCUGGCAGACAUUGUGCACAAAGAAGACUUUGUUCUCAAUUCCGAGUAUCUUAUCACGCUGCUCGUCGUGGUGCCAAAGUCAAGCUACGUACAGUGGCAGAAGACCUAUGAAUCACUCUCAGAUAUGGUAGUACCUCGCUCCACCAAAAUGAUUGCUGAGGAUGCAGAGGGAGGACUCUUCACUGUGACCCUAUUUAGAAAAGUGAUGGAUGACUUUAAGGCUAAAGCCAGGGAGAACAGGUUCAUGGUUCGAGAAUUUUAUUAUGAUGAGAAGGAACUGAAAUGUGAAAAGGAAGAGCUGAUGAAAUUAGCUUCUGACAAGAAGCAACAAUAUGGCCCCUUACUGCGCUGGCUGAAGGUGAACUUCAGUGAAGCAUUUGUGGCUUGGAUUCAUGUGAAAGCCUUGAGAGUUUUUGUUGAAUCUGUCCUGAGGUAUGGCCUCCCUGUGAAUUUCCAAGCAAUGCUGCUGCAGCCAAACAGGAAGUCUGUGAAGCGCCUGAGAGACGUCCUGAACGUGGUCUUCAAACACCUGGAUGAAGUUGCAGCAGCAAGUAUAAUGGAUCCUGGCAUGGACAUUCCUGGGUUACAACUGAGCAAUCAAGAAUACUAUCCUUAUGUCUAUUUCAAGAUUGACCUCAGUCUUCUUGACUGCAGUUAAAGAAGAAUUGCUCAAGCUUCAUCUAUUAAGUUUCAAGACUGUGAUGUUACUGUAAAACAAUCUUUAGCUGCUGAAAGUGAAAUUAAAAUGCAAAUACU